AUUGAACGCCACGAAAGCCGCCGAAAAAUGUCUGCACUUGGCAGGGGCAAUCCCCAAUCAGAAGGCGAGUUACGAGCGAUCGGUGAGAUCUGCUAACUAGUUAUUUUGAGGGCUGGUGUUUCAUGACCACGUUGACUAUCCUUUAAUCCUUCAAUCCUUUCUACCACAAAGUCAGAGCACUCCCUUAACGCCCACCUCCGAGCGAUAGCCAAAGCUAUAUUACAAACUCUUUAUAAUCAAAACUUAGUCUGUGUUUAAAAUUUUAGACCAUUCACGCGUCUCUCAGUUUAGCUCCUUUUAGUCCUACCUCUUUAAAAACUUCCUAAGCUUUCCUCAGCCACCGGCUUUAAGAUCCUCAGAGAUGUCUGCGACUAAUUCUCGCAAUCUGGUGUCUCUACCGACAGAAAUAUUAUUUAUGAUUUACGACAAUGCCGACAAACUCUCGCGCCGGAUCCUAAGGAAAAUCUCCACUGCUUUUAUGGCAAUCCGCAAUUCUGUCUUUGCUCGCCCUCGUCGCCAUCAUCCCCUCAAUCAACGCGAACGCUCUGCCGAGUCGACUGCGAAUAACGAAUAUGCCUGCUUCUCCUGUAACGAAAUGCUUCCGAAUUGGUAUUUCGCCGACCAAGCAAUAAGUGGCAAGAAGGGAAGAAAUAAGCAAAACAUAGAGUCGCGCUUCUGUAUCGAAUGUGGAGUCUCUGGUUCGCCGGGCUAUGCAAAGGGGAAAUGGUUCUAUGUACGACAGAAACGGUUCGUCUUGUGUUAUCAAUGUGGAAAUCUUGGAAAGUUUGGUCGCAAUCUCAAAGAAGCAAGGGCAAAAGCAAUCUGUGAGAGUUGUAACCAGGGUACAGAAUCUAAAUCAACUGUAGAAAUGCUUGAAGAAGUUUUUGCGGAAGCGCAAAAUGCGGGAGAUGGCAGAAAUUUUGGGAGAAAUGCUAGACAAAACCAGGAAAGGAGUCGGCAUGCCCCAAUAUAUGACGAAUAUGGGAGGCCUUUAGAUUUGUAA